GAAAAUAAAUUUCCCUGUUCUUGCGAAAAGGAAUUCAAUUCACCCGAAAUUUGAUUACCCUUUUCUACACUCGAUCUCAAAGAACUAAUUUUUCUCAUAAUCUUUCCUUCUAUCUUUGUGUUUUCCAUUAACCCUUUUGAGGGUAUUGUCAAGAUCUUCCCAAAAAAGAAAUGAUGAAUUGACACCGUUGCUUUUUAUGAUUUCACCUUUUCCACUCCACAACUUGAUCAGGAUUUUGAUUCCUUCCGAAUUUCUUCACUUUUCUCCAAGAAAGCAUCUUUGUCGUUGUUGUUGUUACUAUUAAUCUUGUGCCAAGCUUCCUCCUUUGUUUUCAGUCGUUCACGAUUCACUCCCAGCUGGUCAAAUAUUUGUGAAAAACCCCAGAAACCCAAAUCCCGAAUACCCUCAAGCAGUAGCAUCAUGAGAAUCCACCCGUUGCCGAAGAGGAGGAACAUCACCAUCCAAUAUGUGAUGAACCCGAGGACCGCGAGGUCCCAAGCCGAGUCCUUGUUGAACGGCGGCGGUCUGUCCAACAAGAAGCUCCGUAGGCUGCCCCACAUCUUCAGCCGCGUCCUCGAGCUGCCUUUUAGGUCCGAUGCCGACGUGGCGGUGGAGGAGAGCCCCGACUGCUUCAAGUUCGUCGCCGAAACCGAUGGGAGGAUUGGAGAUGUCGUCAGGGCUCAUACCGUGGAAAUCCAUCCUGGGAUUACUAAGAUUGUGAUAAGGUCUACCAGCUUGGUGGAUUUCGGUUUGCUGGAUGAUUUGGACCUCGACAUGUGGAGGUUCAGGCUACCGGAGACCACUCGUCCGGAGCUCGCAAGUGCGGUUUACGCGGACGGAGAGCUGAUUGUGACGGUGCCGAAGGGAGGGGAAGUGGAAGAAGGAGGUGGAGGUGAAGGGAAUAGGGAGUUUAGAGGAGGCAUGGAAAAUGGUAAUAGCAAUAAUAAUAGGCUUGUUCUUGUACAGUAAGUAAUAACAAUGGAAUCAUUUGCUCCGUUUUUCUUUAAUUGCAUGUUGUUUCAUUUAGUUUUUCAAGGUCACUGGUGGAGCUUAAUCCUUUUUUGUAUGGUUACCUUUUAUUAUUGCUUAAUCUAAUCAAGAAUUGUUCUUUGAA